AUGGUCAAGCCAGCUGGUCCAGGAGUAUACUCGGCGACCUACAGUAAUAUCCCCGUCUAUGAAUUCCAAUUCGGAGAAGGCCUCAAGGAACAUGUUAUGCGCCGUCGGGGCGAUGAUUGGAUCAAUGCGACACACAUCUUGAAAGCUGCCGGUUUCGACAAGCCAGCCAGAACCCGUAUCCUGGAGCGCGAAGUCCAGAAAGAGACGCACGAGAAGGUUCAAGGUGGAUAUGGCAAAUACCAAGGAACUUGGGUCCCUCUUGAACAGGGUGAAGCUCUGGCGCAACGAAAUAAUGUCUACGAAAAACUGCGGACCAUCUUCGAGUUCACCCCCGGCAAUAUCAGUCCUCCUCCUGCCCCAAAACAUACGACAGCAAAGCCAAAGCCGCAGAAGAAAAAUCCAGCUGUCCCAAAAUUUGCGACAAUGGCCGCACCCGCUCGUAUGAUCCAUGAUGAAUAUGAUGACAAUUCCCAGAUGGAUAACGAGAGUAUUGCGGAUGAUAUGACAGUUGGCUCUGCCUCGUUCAUGGCCGAGGAUGAUCGAUAUGACAUGUCCCAGCAGAAUACCGGCCAUCGUAAGCGCAAGCGUGAAGAGCAGCUACAAAGUGCCACUGAUCGAGAUCAUGUUUUAUACGCCGAUGAACUGCUGGAUUACUUCAUGCUCCCCCAUGGCGGUCCAAAGCCGGAACCACCGAUCAACUUCCAGCCAGAUUGGAUCAUUGAUUCUGACGGACACACCGCACUUCAUUGGGCUGCUGCAAUGGGUGAUGUCGAGAUCAUGAAAGAAUUACGAAGAUUUAAUGCCAACCCAACCGCUCAAAAUAUCCGAGGAGAGACACCUUUAAUGCGCUGUGUUUUGUUCACGAAUUGUCAGGAUAAGCAAACGAUGCCAGCAGUGGUCAAGGAUUUGAUUGACACCAUCGACUGUGUCGACUUCUGCCAAGCCACUGCCCUUCACCACGCAGCAGCAAUGACAAUAAGUCGCCAGAAGCAUCAAUGCGCCCGAUACUACCUGGAUAUCUUGCUCAAUAAGAUGUUAGAAGUCCUCGAUCCGGACCAUUUCCAGCGUAUUAUUGAUGCACGGGACAUCAACGGUAAUACUGCUCUUCACAUUGCUGCGAAAAACAUGGCCCGCAAAUCAGUCAGAGCUUUGCUUGGUCGAGGAGCUACACCCAGCCUCCAAAACGCAGAGAAGGUCACCGCCGAAGAACUGAUUCAAGACCUGAACGAAAACCGACGAUCACAACGAAAUCGUCAAGGUUCAUCCUCACCUUAUGGACCGGACUCUCGAUCGGUAUGGGAGAUGCCAGAAGAGCCCAAUCGCGCCGUGCCUCAUCAUGAGUCUGAGGCCGCCAUGUCUAUCGAGUCUCGCAUUGCACCAAUGAUGCUUGAGAAGUUACAAGGCUUGGCGAACUCCUUCGAUGAUGAGCUUGUUGAGAAGGAGACUUCAGAGAAAGAAGCAAGACGUAUUUUGACUAGCACGAAACAGGAACUGGAAGCAACCAAGGUUAUGAGCGCCGAGAUGGCCCUGCAGAAGGAGAACCCAGACGUCGUUGCUCAAUCGAUGGAGAAUCUCGCUUACAUGGAGAACAAGGUUACAGGAAUCAUCGAGCAACAGCAAAAACUCCAACUCUUGGCCUACGCUCAACAUGAAGAGCAGAAAAGCAACGGACACAUGUCGAGUGGAGAAGACGAUAUCGGAGAGAGAGUCAUGCUGGCAAAGAUGCUACAAGAAGAAGAGAACAAGCGUAAAAACAACGUCACCAAAUACUCGGACGCUUUGAGCAAAGCCGGAGCUGGCGAGAAGGGCGACCAGUAUCGCAAACUUCUCUCCCUCAGCCUUGGUGCAGAGGUCGAGCACAUGGAUGAGAAUAUCGAUACCUUGCUCCAACAACUUGCCGAGGACGAAGACGGCCAAGAAGGCGAGACUGUCCUUCCGCACGUUUCCUGA